ACACCCGAGGGUCUGAGGCAGGCGGCAUUGCUGUGAUUUCUUGAUUUUGGGACGUGGAAUGCAAAGAGGCUUGGGAGGAAAGCAAGCCCCAGAGUCCUGUGGUUGGACACAACCGGGCAUGGUGACAUCCUUUAGAACACCUGCCUCCUGCCCUUCCCUCUGGGCCCUGGUUCCACUAUCACCCGCAGGAGAGGAAAUAGCAAGAGCUGGCCCAACUUCACUAGCUCCCUGGGACUCAGGGCCGUGCCAGGGAAGGGGAUGGGCACCUGUGCCUGCGGAUAUCUCAGCAAGAUUGGUGGUAGCCUAUGCAUGUGCAGGUGACUCCUGCUCUGGUCAUGUUGUUGCAUCCUGAUCGGACCGGCCCUGCCAGGUGACCAUGCCUGCCCUUGGCCCAGCUCUGCUGCAGGCACUCUGGGCCGGGUGGGUGAUCGCUCUCCAGCCCCCUCCACCAGCUGCUUUCACUCCCAACGGCACACAGCUGCAGCACCUGGCAAGGGACCCCACCUCGGGCACCCUGUACCUAGGAGCCACCAACUUCCUGUUCCAGCUGAGCCCUGGGCUGCAGCUGGAGGCCCAGGUGUCCACGGGCCCAGUACUGGACAGCAGGGACUGCCUACCCCCUGUACUGCCUGAUGAGUGUCCCCAGGCCCAGCCUACCAACAAUCCCAACCAGCUGCUCCUGGUGAGCCCGGGGGCCCUGGUGGUGUGCGGGAGUGUACACCAGGGAGUGUGCGAGCAGCGGCGCUUAGGGCAGCUCGAGCACCUGCUGCUGCGGCCCGAGCGUCCGGGGGACACCCAGUAUGUGGCCGCCAAUGACCCUGCAGUUAGCACCGUGGGGCUUGUGGCGCAGGGCCUGGCUGGGGAGCCCCUUCUCUUUGUGGGUCGGGGCUAUACCAGCCGAGGUGUUGGGGGUGGCAUCCCCCCCAUCACAACCCGGACUCUGCAACCCCCCGACCCCCAAGCCGCCUUUUCCUACGAGGAGACCGCCAAGCUGGCUGUGGGCCGCCUCUCCGAAUACAGCCACCACUUCGUGGGUGCUUUUGCGCGCGGGACCAGCGCCUACUUCCUGUUUCUGCGGAGGGACCUGCAGGCUCAGUCCAGAGCCUUUCGUGCUUAUGUGUCUCGUGUGUGCCUCCGCGACCAGCACUACUAUUCCUACGUGGAGCUACCUCUGGCCUGCCAGGGCAGCCGCUAUGGGCUGAUCCAAGCUGCGGCCGUGGCCCGUGGGGAGGUACUCUUCGCAGCCUUCUCCUCGGCCGCCCCCCCAGCAAUGGGCCGGCCCCCCUCGGUAGCAGCUGGGGCGGCUGGAGCCUCUGCCCUAUGCGCCUUCUCACUGGAUGAAGUGGACCGGCUUGCCAAUCACACGCGUGAUGCCUGCUACACCCGGGAGGGGCGCGCUGAGGACGGAACCCAGGUCGCCUACAUCGAGUAUGAUGUCAACUCGGACUGUGCACAGCUGCCAGUGGACACUCUGGAUGCUUAUCCUUGUGGCUCCGACCACACUCCUAGCCCCAUGGCCAGCCGGGUCCCACUGGAAGCCACGCCAGUUCUGGAGUGGCCAGGGGUUCAGCUAACAGCUGUGGCUGUCACCAUGGAGGAUGGACACACCAUCGCCUUCCUGGGUGACAGUCAAGGACAGCUGCAUCGGGUCUACCUGGGCCCUGGCAGCGAUGGGCACCCAUACCUUACCCAGAGCAUCCAGCAAGGCUCUGCCGUGAGCAGAGACCUCAUCUUUGAUGGGACUUCCGAGCACCUGUAUGUCAUGACCCAGAGCACACUUCUGAAGGUUCCUGUGGCCUCCUGUGCCCAGCACCUGGACUGUGCCUCUUGCCUCGCACAUAGGGAUCCGUACUGUGGAUGGUGUGUGCUCCUUGGCAGGUGCAGUCGCCGUUCCGAGUGCACAAGGGGCCAGGGCCCAGAGCAGUGGCUCUGGAGCUUCCAGCCCGAACCAGGUUGUCUGCAAGUGACAGCCGUGAGUCCUGCCAACAUCAGCCGAGAUGAGAGGAGGGAGAUUUUCCUGACAGUGCCAGACCUGCCAGCCCUGUGGCCUGGGGAAUCGUAUACCUGCCACUUUGGGGAACAUCAGAGUCCUGCCCUGCUGACCGGCUCUGGUGUCAUGUGCCCUUCCCCGGACCCUAGCGAGGCACCGGUGCUGCAGAGAGGAGCCGACCACGUGUCCGUGAGUGUGGCGCUCAGGUUUGGCAUUGUGACCAUCGUCACCACUUCCCUCUCCUUCUAUGAUUGUGUGGCCGUCACGAAGCUCCGUCCUUCUGCACAGUGCCAGGCUUGUGUGAGCAGCCGCUGGGGGUGUAACUGGUGCGUGUGGCAGCACCUGUGCACACACAAGGCCUCCUGUGAUGCCGGGCCCAUGGUGGUGAGCCAGCAGAGUCCGCUUCUCUCCCUAGCCUCUCCUGCAAGAGACGUGCCCAGCCCCUCCCCACCCCCCACUCCCAAAGCCUCUGUUACCCCCAUUCCCGACCCCCUCCCCCUGGAGCCGGGGACCCCCUCCACAACCACAGCCUGGGACAUCCCACCUGGGGCCAGGCCCUCUCUGCUCAGCCCCUGGGGGCCAGGGCCCAGUCCCAGCCCUGUGCCCUCCUCUGCCUUCACCGAGUCCCCUCUCCAUGAGAAGUCCCCCAUUCCCACUCCCACCCCCACCCCUAGGCCUGGAUCCACUAUCCCCACCCCUGCUGACUUGGGGCCUGAGGCCAUGCCUGAGGACCUUUCAGACCCCCACCCGACCCCCUCAAAGGUGGCCUCAGUGCCCCCUGUCGACCCCAACCCCAAGGUCCUUCCUUCUCCGGUGCCUCUGGACCAGCCCCCUGGCACUGCUCCUGCGACUGCUUUCCCAGGGGCUGCUGGCUCCCCGAAGCCCAGCAUGGACUGGCUCAUGAGAGAAGGCGGCGAGCUGCCCGAAGCGGAUGAGUGGACAGGGGGUGACGCGCCCGCCUUCUCCACUUCCACCCUCCUCUCAGGUGAUGGAGACGCGGCAGAGCACGAGGGCCCUCCCGCCCCCCUCAUCCUCCUGUCCAGCCUUCACUACCAGUACGACACCCCCGGGCUCUGGGAGCUGGAAGAGGUGAGCCUGGGUGCGAGCUCCUGCCCAUGUGUGGAGAGUGUCCAGGGCUCUACCCUGAUGCCGGUCCAUGUGGCACGGGAAGUCCACCUGCUGGGCAGGAAUCUGCGCCUCUUUCAGGACAGUCCAGGAGACAAUGAGUGUGUGAUGGAGCUGGAGGGCUUUGAGGUGGCAGUGGAGGCCCGGGUCGAGUGUGAGCCACCUCCAGAUACUUGGUGCCGUGUCACAUGCCAGCAACACCAGUUCAGCUACGAGGCUGCACAGCCGGAGCUGCGCGUGGGGCUGUUCCUGCGCCGGGCAGGCCACCUGCGUGUGGACAGGGCUGAUGGGCUGCAUGUGGUUCUCUACAACUGCUCUGUGGGACACGGGGACUGCAGCCGUUGCCAGACUGCCCUGCCCCAGUACGGCUGUGUGUGGUGCGAGGGAGCGCGUCCACGUUGCGUGGCCCGGGAGGCCUGCAGGGAGGCUGAGGCCGUGGCCACCCAGUGCCCUGCCCCUCUCAUCCAUUCGGUGGAGCCACUCACUGGGCCUGUGGAUGGGGGCACACGGGUUACCAUCAGGGGCUCCAACCUGGGCCAGCAGGUGCAGGACAUUCUGCACACGGUCUGGGUGGCUGGGGUGCCCUGUGCUGUGGAUGCGCAGGAGUACGAGGUCUCCAGCAGCCUUGUGUGCAUCACUGGGGCCAGUGGGCAGGAAGUGACUGGCACAGCCACGGUGGAGGUGCUGGGAAGAGGACGUGGUGUCUCCGACCUCACUUUUGCUUAUCAGGACCCACAGGUGCAUUCCAUCUUCCCAGCCCAUGGCCCCAGAGCCGGGGGCACCCACCUCACCCUGCGUGGCUCCAAGCUCCUGACUGGACGGCUGGAGGACAUCCAGGUGGUGGUCGGAGAGCAGCCAUGUCACCUGCUGCCGGGACAGCAGUCAGAGCAGCUGCAGUGUGAGACCAGCUCAUACCCCGUGCCUGCCACACUCUCCGUGGCUGUGUGGUUUGGGACCGCUGAGCGGAAACUUGAACGUGGCCAAUUCAAGUACACAUCAGACCCCAAUGUCACCUCGGUUUACCCCACCAAGAGCUUCCUCAGUGGCGGACGUAAGAUAUGGGUCCGUGGCCAGAACCUGGAUGUGGUGCAGAUGCCAAGAAUCCGCGUGACCAUGGCCGCUGGGGUGCUGGGGCAGGGACGGAGGCGACGUGUGGUCACCGAAACACCGUGUGCUUCUGGAGCCUCCUGUGGCAGCCAACAGUUUGAGGAGCUGUGCAGUGUGAACUCCUCCCGGCUCAUCGCCUGCCGAUCUCCUGCCCUGCCGGGCUUGUCCGAGGUGCCCCUGGUCCAGGUGGAAUUCAUCCUUGACAACCUGGUGUUCAACUUUGCCACCCUGAGCCCCACACCUUUCUCCUAUGAGGCCGACCCUAGCCUGAGGCCCCUAAACCCUGAGGAUCCCACGACACCCUUCCGCCACAAGCCUGGGAGUGUGUUCUCCGUGGAGGGGGAGAAUCUGGACCUGGCCAUGUCCAAAGAGGAGGUCGUGGCCAUGAUAGGGGACGGCCCCUGCGUGGUGAAAACACUGACCCGGCAUCACCUGUACUGCGAGCCACCUGUGGAACAGCCCUUGCCGCUGCACCACACCCUCCGAGAGGCGCCCGAUGCUUUGCCUGAGUUCACAGUACAGAUGGGGAACCUGCACUUCUCCCUGGGCCAUGUGCAAUACGAUGGCGAGAGCCCUGUGGCCUUUCCCGUGGCAGCCCAGGUGGGCCUAGGAGUGGGUGCCUCACUUCUGGUUCUGGGGGUCAUCAUCAUUGUCCUCAUGUACAGGAGGAAGAGCAAGCAGGCCCUGAGGGACUACAAGAAGGUGCAGAUCCAGCUGGAGAACCUGGAGAGCAGCGUGCGUGACCGCUGCAAAAAGGAGUUCACAGAUCUCAUGACUGAGAUGACAGACCUCACCAGUGAUCUUCUGGGCAGCGGCAUCCCUUUCCUGGACUACAGGGUUUACGCUGAGAGGGUCUUCUUCCCUGGACACCGCGAGUCACCCCUACAUCGGGACCUGGGCGUGCCUGAGAGCCGGCGGCCCACAGUGGAGCAAGGGCUGGGGCAGCUUUCCAACCUGCUCAACAGCAAACUCUUCCUCACCAAGUUCAUCCACACGCUGGAGAGCCAGCGCACCUUCUCGGCCCGUGACCGUGCCUACGUGGCCUCGCUGCUCACGGUGGCGCUGCACGGCAAGCUUGAGUACUUCACCGACAUCCUCCGCACACUGCUCAGUGACCUUGUGGCCCAGUGCGUGGCUAAGAACCCAAAGCUGAUGUUGCGCAGAACAGAGACCGUGGUGGAGAAGCUGCUCACCAACUGGAUGUCCAUCUGUCUGUACACCUUCGUGAGGGAUGCAGUGGGGGAACCUCUGUACAUGCUCUUCCGGGGGAUUAAGCAUCAAGUAGACAAGGGGCCAGUGGACAGCGUGACAGGCAAAGCCAAGUACACCCUGAAUGACAACCGCCUGCUCAGAGAGGACGUGGAGUACCGUCCCCUGACCCUCAACGCUCUGUUGGCUGUGGGGCCAGGUGCAGGAGAGACCCAGGGAGUGCCUGUGAAAGUCUUGGACUGUGAUACCAUCUCCCAGGCCAAGGAAAAGAUACUGGACCAGCUAUACAAAGGGGUACCCCUCACACAGAGGCCAGACCCUCGCACCCUGGAUGUUGAGUGGCGAUCCGGGGUAGCUGGGCACCUCAUUCUGUCAGAUGAGGAUGUCACUUCUGAGGCCCAGGGUCUGUGGCGACGCCUGAACACCUUGCAGCAUUACAAGGUCCCAGAUGGAGCAACUGUGGCCCUUGUCCCCUGCCUGACCAAACACAUCCUCCGGGAAAACCAAGACUAUGUCCCAGGGGAGCGGACCCCAAUGUUGGAGGAUGUAGACGAGGGGGGCGUGCGGCCCUGGCACCUGGUGAAGCCGAGUGAUGAGCCAGAGCCGCCCAGGCCCCGGAGAGGCAGCCUGCGGGGCGGGGAGCGUGAGCGAGCCAAGGCCAUCCCCGAGAUCUACCUGACCCGCCUGCUGUCCAUGAAGGGCACCCUGCAGAAGUUUGUGGACGACCUGUUCCAGGUGAUCCUUAGCACCAGCCGGCCUGUGCCCCUGGCAGUGAAGUACUUCUUCGACCUACUGGACGAGCAGGCCCAGCAGCAUGGCAUCUCCGACCAGGACACUGUGCACAUCUGGAAGACCAACAGCUUGCCUCUCAGGUUCUGGAUUAACAUCAUCAAAAACCCACAGUUCGUGUUUGAUGUGCAGACAUCUGACAACAUGGACGCUGUGCUGCUUGUCAUCGCGCAGACCUUCAUGGAUGCCUGUACCCUGGCUGACCACAAGCUGGGCCGGGACUCCCCCAUCAACAAGCUGCUGUAUGCGCGGGAUAUUCCCCGCUACAAACGGAUGGUGGAGAGGUACUAUGCAGACAUCAGACAGGCUGUCCCAGCCAGUGACCAAGAGAUGAACUCCCUCCUGGCUGAGCUAUCCCGAAACUACUCUGGAGACCUCGGGGCGCGGGUGGCCCUGCAUGAACUCUACAAGUAUAUCAACAAGUACUACGACCAGAUCAUCACUGCCCUGGAGGAGGAUGGCACAGCCCAGAAGAUGCAGCUGGGCUACCGGCUCCAGCAGAUUGCAGCUGCCGUGGAGAACAAGGUCACGGACCUAUGAAGUCCCAGGGAGCUGUGGCCCACGGCUGCUUGUGCCCACCCAGGCCACUCUGGAGACUUAGGAGAGAGGCAGACCCCUUCUUAGAUGCCUAUAGUGACGGAGCAACAGUUAGUGGACGGUGGCUCCCAGUCUCCAGCGGCUCUGACCUCGGCCCUGCUGAACCCACCUUGCAGUUCCGGGGAGGCCUGGAGGCUCAGGGACUGGGGUCCAGCCUGCUCACAGAGACCAGUGGACUCUGUGGACCACUUCUUGUGAAUCUGUCUGCAGGGAGUUGGGUCUAGAGCAAGACUGGAUGGGCCCCUGGGGAGGCAGCACUAUUCCUGAGCACUGGGCCCCAACCUGCCGGGAGUCAGAGAGGAAGCUCAUCCUCCCCCACCCCCGUCAUCCUCGACCUCACAUAGCUGCCUCUGGCCUUGUUGCUGCUGCUGCCACUUCCAGGAUCCAAGAGACAAAUGUCUGUCUGAGGCCACUGCAGAGUGACUCUCAGUUGGCCUCAGUGUGUGGGGUGCCUGCCUGCCACAGGGCACCCUGGGGAUGGGGCAGCCCCAGCAACCCUGCUCUUCAUUAAAGGAUAAC